CGGCAGUUCCGUCUCAGGUCCCAGCCGUCUCCAAGGUAGGCCUGGGGCUCCGGGCUGGGGCUGGGGACAGGAGCAGCGGUGCGGGGUGCACUAGGCCAGGCCUGGGGAUCUAGGAGUGGGCUUGGCACAGAGCCCUCCACAGGCCUUGUCGGCUCCUGAGCAUGAUGAGGCUCGAGGGCUAGCUUCCACACUGGCCUGGCUGGAGAGGGGAAGGGGCUGGACCCCGAAUGCAGCCAGGGCCACGUGGCCGGACCCCACAGGCUGUGCUGGGGCCCUCUGUUGCCCCUCCUUCACUCACCUCCUUCACUCUGAGACCCAAGGAGCCCCCCGCCCAGGCUGGCACCCUGGGCAGCAGGUGUCCGCAGGUGCCCAAGGCCCCAGGAAGCGUCUGGGCCUCCACCAGACGCCGCCACCCUCAUAGCUGGCCAAGGGCAGCGCAGCAGCAAUGCCUGGAAUGCAAGGCCUGCGAGCGGUGGCUGGGACAGGCCCCCUCGCCCAGAGUCCACAGCCAGUCUGCCCUCAUCCAGCCAGGGCGCCACCCCGAGGGGCACGCAGGCUGGCCCUGGAGGCUGAGGCGGGCUCCUCCGUCCUCUCUGGUUCUGUAGGAAGGGGACCGGACCACAGCGUGCCAGGGAGUGACUGGCACACGCUGGCUGGGGUUUUGCCCUUCCAUUCCCUGUGGUGGCGCCCCCUGGUGGACAGAUGCCUCCCUGCUGUGUAGUUUUUGGCUCUUUGGUGACCUCAAAGAACACACCUGCAGAUUGUUUUCUGGGGACUGUUUUCUUCGGGCAAACAAGCAGAAGUAGAUAUGUGAAUGUGUGUCAGCAGAUUUGCUAGUGGAAGUCCUGUGCCACUAGGCCGAGAAGCAGCAGCUCCUGGGGAAGCAGUGCCCGACCGUGGCCCAGGCCUGGCUCCCCCACUUCCUGCUGGGUGCUCUUGGGCAGUGCUGCCCGCCCCCGUCCCCGCCCCCAGCUGUGAGACGACAGCAUGCAGCGAACCAGGGCUGACCCAGGGAGCCAUGGGAGGCUGGGGACGCGGGCCCUUUCACCCUCAACCUCUCCAUCAGAGGAGGAGCCCGGCAGAGAGGGCGUGGCUUGCCCACGGCCACCUGCAAGGUCACAGCAGGUGUGGGGCAGGAAGCCCGAAACGGCUCCCGUGGCCUGCACAGCAGUGUCCGCCUGGGCAGAAGAAGCCACAGCGGGUGCAGGUGCAGGGGUGGCUACUCCCCGGGGUCUGGGCUGUGCAUCUCAGAGAGGCUGAGGAAGUCCAGGGCUCGGGCCUCUCUCCUUUGAGCCUCAGCUUCCCCCAUACAGUGAGUGCAGCCCUCGGCCUGCCACACGGAGCUUGGCCUGGGCAGUGGGCAUGGCAGUCCCUUGGAUCCAUGAGGCUGGCCACCUCACUGUCUUCUCCAGGCGCUAGGGAGGUGCCGGGCACCAUGGUGCGGAAUGUGGACGACCUGGACUUCCAGCUGCCCUCGCACGCCCAGGACAUGCUGGAUGGCCUGCAGCGGCUGCGCGCUCUGCCCAAGCUGGCCGAUGUCACCCUGCUGGUGGGCGGCCGGGAGCUGCCCUGCCACCGUGGCCUCCUGGCGCUGAGCAGCCCCUACUUCCACGCCAUGUUUGUGGGCGACUUUGCCGAGAGCUUCUCUGCAUGCGUGGAGCUGCGGGACGUGGAGCCGUCCGUGGUGGGGCAGCUGGUGGACUUCGUGUACACCGGCCGGCUGACCAUCACGCAGGCCAACGUGGAGGCGCUCACGCGUACUGCCUCGCAGCUGAACUUCCCGGCCGUGCAGAAGGUCUGCGGCCGCUACCUCCAGCAGCAGCUGGACGCCACCAACUGCCUGGGCAUCUGCGAGUUCGGGGAGCAGCAGGGCCUGCUCGGGGUGGCCACCAAGGCCUGGGCCUUCCUGCGGGAGAACUUCGAGGCCGUGGCUCGGGAGGACGAGUUCCUGCAGCUGCCCCGGGACCGGCUGGCUGCCUGCCUGGCCAGCGAGCUGCUGCAGGUGCAGCCUGAGCAGAGCCGGCUUAAGGCGCUGCUGCGCUGGGUGCGCCAUGACCCCCAGCCCCGGGCCGCCCACCUCCCCGGGCUGCUCAGCCUGGUGCAGCUGGGUGCUGUGCCCAGGCCCUGCAUGCAGGAGCUGCUGGCCACAGAGCCGCUGAUCCAGGCAUCACAGGCGUGCCAGGUGGCCCUGUCCCAGGGCCACAGCGGGGUGCUGCCCAGCCCCCCACAGAGGCUGGAGGAGGUGCUGGUCGUGGUGGGCGGCCAGGCAUUGGAGGAGGAGGAGGAGGGCGGGGAGGAGCCUGCACCCCGCCCUGCGAACUUCGCCUUCUACGACACCCAGGCCAGGCGGUGGAUGGCACUCCCCGACUUCCCUGACUACCACAAGUGGGGCUUCUCGCUGACGGUGCUCAACAAUGACAUUUACAUCACAGGUGGCUCCCGGGGCAGCAAGGCAGACACCUGGUCAACCACGCAGGCCUGGUGCUUCCCGCUGAAGGAGGCAGCCUGGAGGGCUGUGGCGCCCAUGCUGAAGGCCCGCACCAACCAUGCCAGCACGGCGCUCAACGGGGAGAUCUACGCCAUCGGUGGCACCACGCUGGACGUGGUGGAGGUGGAGAGCUACGACCCCUACAUGGACAGUUGGACGCCCGUGCGGCCAGCACUCAAGUACGUCAGCAACUUCUCCGCGGCCAGCUGCCAGGGCCGUCUCUACCUGGUGGGUUCCAGCGCCUGCAAGUACAAUGCCCUUGCUCUGCAGUGCUACAACCCCGUCACAGACUCCUGGAGCGUGAUCGCCUCGCCCUUCCUGCGCAAGUACCUGUCCUCACCGCGCUGUGCCGCGUUCCAUGGGGCGCUCUACCUCAUCGGCGACAACACCAAGAAGGUCUACGUCUACAACCCGGGAGCCAACCUGUGGCAGAAGGUGCAGUCCCAGCACAGUCUGCACGAGAACGGAGCACUGGUGCCCCUGGGUGACGCGCUGUACGUGACGGGUGGCUGCUGGCAGGGCAUGGAGGGCGACUAUCACGUGGAGAUGGAGGCCUACGACACCGUGCGGGAUGCCUGGACCCGCCACGGCGCCCUGCCCCGCCUCUGGCUCUACCACGGGGCCUCCGCCGUCUUCCUGGACCUCUCCAAGUGGACGCAGCCCUUCAGCCCUGCCCCGCAGCCCUAGGCCGCGAGGGUCCCCAGGCAGGGCCUCAUCGCCCGAGGAACGGCCCCUCUGAUGCCUGCUUGCUUGUCCACUUGGGGCUGCAGCCCCUCCAGGACCCAGUCGGGCGCUGGCCGCCAGGGGACGUAGCACAGCCCGGGGAUGCCACCACACCUGACUGCCCAGCGGUGGGGAGGACCCCCGUCCAGGACAGACAGUGGGGGCAGAGCGGCCCCAGGACUCGGGCAGGGGCCUCCCAGGCAGGCCUGCUUCCCUCACCCUCAGCUUGGCGUCUCUGUGGGCCUCUCUGGGGUCCCCCAGGGCAGACUCAACCUCCUGGGCCCUCUCCUGAGCCAAGCCAGUGGAGCAAUAAAGGGCUCUCUCUG